UGUUGAAUACCUUCUCCAACAUGGAGCUGAGAAAGAUAUUGAUAAAGAGAAUCAUUCAGGAUGUUCGCCUUUGAGCAUAGCAUGCUCUGAAGGUCAUACGGCCAUAGUUCGGAUGUUACUGAAAUUUAACGUCGAUGUAAGAAAAUUCGACAUGGAUUUUUUUUGUUUCAAUGAUAAAAGCACCGAUAUUCUUAAACAGGAAUCCACUAAGCAUCUGAAGAACGAUCGUAGUUUGGAAGCGAAGGACGAGAAAAAGGAACAGGCAACAGUGGAAGCUCCAUCAUUAAUGGAUCGCGUAGUGGUAGCAUCAAGAAAACUCAUUAGGCCAACCAACCCAGAAAAGAUGUCAACGUUAAAGAUUCAAACUGUGGCCGAAGAGAACUUAACCAGUUUAAGCGUGGAAUUGAAAGAAAACAUGCGUCUAUUUUCCCAGUGUUUCCGCGCGCUUUAUUCAAACCCAGCUGUCGAUGGUCAUAGUGUCGCUGUUGUAAAGUUCAGAAAAAUUCGAGAGGACACAAGACAAGAUGCAAUUGUGUUUUUGAAGGGCAUCCUUCCCAUUACCGCGAAUCUCAUGAGGUUUGUUCAAGAAUACUUCGACAAUUACGAAGCUUUGUCGUGUGAAGAGUGGCGCGAGAUGUUACCAGACAUUUUGGAGGAAACGAAAGAACGCAAAGCCCUCGCGCAGACGGUGUUAGAUAUGUACCAGGAUAUCAUGGUUCCCUUCAUGAAACGCCAAGACGAGGCGAUUAUUGUCAUGAAAGAGUUCCAACGCCUACAAAGCGAGAAUGAAGAUAUGUUUGGAGAAUACGUAGCACAAUCCGAAAUCCACAAAAGUGCAUUCCUCGUUGUGGCUGAAAUGUUCAUUCCAGCACUGUCCAACUUAAUCGAUGGUUUAAAAAAAUCAGCCAGUUUCCUUAAAACUCUCAAUUGUGAUUUGCAAUCGUUUGAAACGAAAGCAGAAAAAGAUGAACCUAAAACGUUACAUUAUAAAUUAAUGUGUUUUUCGGCGAGGGAUAUAAAUUCUCUUUGUCAAACGGUCUACGCAACACUGCCAGAUGUUUUAGCGAAUUUCGAGGCACUUCCCAGUAAAGAUACUGACCAAACCUACGUAGAUGAAUGGUUGGGGAAAUUGACACUUAAUGCUCGUGUCAGGACUUUCUUAGGACCGAAGAAAAUUGCCGUUCGGAAAUUAAAACCAAACCUUGGAAGACAUCCACCAGUAGCAUAUCCUAAACCACCACCAAUACCAGCCUCUGGAAGACGACCACAACCGGUAAAUGAUCUUAUUCCACGACAUCUUACACGACUACUACCACCACCACCAUGGAGACUAAUAGCAGAGCCUGAACUAUUUCCACCAGUAACAGAUCCUAAACCACCCCCAAUAUCAGCCCCUGGCAGACGACCACAACCGCUAAAUGAUCUUAUUCCACGACAUCGUACACGACUACGACCACCACCACCAUGAUCGAGGACUAGUAGCAGAGCCUAAACUACUGCCACCAGUAACAGAUCCUGAACAACCACCAAUACCAGACCCUUCUUCAAGCAUUUAA